AUGAAUGAAAAUAAAAAGUUAGAUAUUAUUCGUAGUAUGCUAAACGCUUUAUUAGGUAACAGUGAAUUAAAAGACAAUAGUGAUAAUGAAAAAAUUAAACUUAAAAAAAAGUAUAUAGAAAAAUCCAAAAAAGUAAUUAUUUUUUAUAGAAAAUAUAUGAAUAUUUUAGAACAACAAGAAUUAGAAAAAUAUACAAAUUUAUAUGAUGUUAUAUUAAAUAAUUCAUUUGAAUAUUCAGAAAAAGAUGAUAUAGAUACAUAUAUGUAUUGUAAUGUUUUUCCUAUAUUAAAAAAAACAUUUGAUUCUUUUGUUUUAUACAUCUCCAAGAUAAUAACAUAUAAAAAUGAUGAUAAUAAUAAAAAUAUUAUAAAAAAUUUUGAUCCUAUUUUAUUAUUUUCCCAAUAUAUUAUACGAUUAACAGAUGAUGAAUUUUUUUUAAGUGAUGAUAAUAUUUCUGAUGUAGAUAUGAAUGAUAUUUGUUUUUAUAAUAAAAAAAUAGAGUAUGACAAUAAUAGCUAUUCAUCUUUAAGUAAAAAUGUAAAUAUAGAUAGUGUAGGAAUAGAUAAAGGAAUUAAUGAUUUUUAUAAUACAUAUGAUACACUAAUGCAAGAAAAUAAAUUAAAAGAAGAACGAGAAACACAAGAAAUUUUAAAAUGUAUUUAUCAAAAAAAAAAUAUAUUGUCAGAUGAAGAUAUUUCUUUGUAUGACAAUUAUUAUGAAGAAAAUAUAAAAUUAAAAGGAAAAUUGAGCGAUAAAAAUAACUCUUAUCAUUAUGGAAAUUUAAAAAUUUCAAAUUUAAAUAAUAAUGAUUCUAAUAUUUUAAAAUUAAGUCUUAAUUUAAAGAAUUCUAUUGAUAACAUUAACCAUAGUAUUAACAUAAAAAAUGAAACCGUUUUAGAGAAAAAACAAAAUGAGGAAGGUGAAAAUAAUGACUUUAACAGUAUUAUUAAACAAAUAGAACGCAAAGAAAGUUCUUAUUUUGAGAAAAAAAUUUUUCGACUAUUAAACAAAUGGAUAAAAGAAGAAGAAGGAAGAAGAUUCAUUAUAAAUCAGAAAUCAAAAAUUGAACCUUUAUUUAAUGAUUUUAAAAAGAAGAAUCAUACUGUUACUGAUAAAGAUAUAAUUCAUCUUUUAUUUUAUAUUGAUAAAAAUUUAUAUUUGAAUUAUUCUUUAGUGCAUCAGUAUAAUUAUAAUAAUUUUUAUUAUAUUUUUCAUUUGCAUUCAUCUUUUUAUUGUUCUGAUACUAAUAGCAUCACAUUUGAGGAAGUAUGGGAUUUUAUUGUUUCAAAUUUGCCAUUAAAUAAUUAUUUGUAUAAAGAAAAUAUUAUAAAGGGUUUGGAAAAAUUCGAAAAAAAAAAAGAAAUAGCUAAAAAUUUCAAUUUUACAAUUACAUUUAUUAAAAAUUUUUUUAUAUUUAUUUUAAUAGAUAUAUUUAUGCUUUUAUCAAAUUCAAUAAAAAUAUAUUUAUCUCUAAAUAAACUUAAUAUUUCUCAAAAUAAUUUAUUAGAUGAUCAAGAAAGUAAAAUAAAAUUAAAAAAUUUUUUUAUUCGUAUUGAUUCACUUACUCCUUUUUUUUAUUCAUCUUCAUCUGCAAUAUCAUCAGAAACAUCUUCAAAGUAUGAAAAUAGGAGUUAUGAAAAUGAUAGUGAACAUUUUGCUAAUUAUAAAACAUUAGAAAGUACUCAUAUCAUUAUUAAUAAUAAUAAUAUAAAUAAUAAUGAUAAUAUAAAUAAUAAUGAUAAUAUAAAUAAUAACGAUUUAAUUAAUAAUGAAAAUAUAAUUAAUAAUGAUAAUGUAACUAAUAAUGGUAAUGUAACUAAUAAUGGUAAUUUAAAUAAUAAUGCUACAAUUUGUAAUAACGAUAAUUAUGAUGUUUCAUAUGGAAAUUUAAAAAUAAAAGAGACAAAUGUAGAUAACAUAAAUAAAAUAAAUAAUAAAAGACAUAAAGAAAAUAUAUUAAUUUAUUUUUUAUUAUUGCUAUGGGGCAUUAAUAUAAAUUUCAAUACAUGCUUAGAUGAAUUUAUUAUUUCAGAUGAGUUAUCUUCAGAUAUAGGAGAAGAAGAAUUAAAAAAGAAAAGUAGUAAAUGUAAUAAAAUUUUAUAUGAAAAAAAAAGAGGAAAUUACAAAAAUGGCACAUAUGAAUAUAAAUAUCAAAGUGAUGAUACUAUAACAAUAAAAAGGAAAUCAAUUAAAAAAUUUCAAAGAUCACAGAGCUUAUCGUUAAAUUUAAAUAAUGAAAUAUUUAGUGUAAAUAAACAAGAAAGGAUGAAUGAAAUAAUUAAAAAUAAAAAAAAAAUAGAUAUGGAAGAAUUAAAAAAAAAAAAGAAAGAAAAAAAAGAAAAACAUUCUAAAGAUUUAUAUGAAUUAAAAGAAUUCUUUUACAAAAAAAAUUAUAACGAAAAAGUAAAAAAAAUAUUACAUUCUAUUGUAAAAAACAUAAAACCUAGAAAAAAAAAUUAUUAUGACAAGAUUAUUAAUAAAUUAGAAAAUAAAAAAGAAAAUAUAUUUUUAAAUAUAUUUGAAGAACAUAAUAUUGCUAAUAACAAUAAAAAUAGUAGAAAUAAAUUAAAAAAUUAUGACAUAAAGGAUAAAAAUAAUAUAAAAUAUCAUAGCAGUGAUAGUAAUAACAAUUUUAACAGUGAUAAUAAUGCUAAUUUAAAUAUAAAUGAUAAUAAUAAAAAUGUAAAUAACAAAUGUAAAUUAAUAGAUACUUUAGAUAUAUUAAAUGAAAAAGAAAUUAUGCUUUAUAUAAACAAUUUUAUAAAAACAUAUAUAAGAAAAAAAAAGAAAAAAAAUUCAUAUAUGAAAAAUGAAAAAAAAAGAACAGACAAAAGAAAAUUUAAUUUAACUUUUAAAAAAUCAAAAAAUCUUAAUUUACUUAGUUGCAUCUUAAUACUAUGCAACUUCAAAUUAUAUAAAAAGAAAUUUCUUGAUAAAUUUAAAACACAGCAUAUAUAUUUAUUAUUAUUCUUUGUCUAUUAUAUAAAUAUAAAAAUAGACUCAUUAUUUAAUGAUAUAUAA